UGCAGUUUUUUUCUACCCACUUUAAACCUUCAGGUUCUAAGUAUCAGGAAAGACAAGAAAUGCUGGGUGAAAACAGCAGACCAAAAGUUCUUAGUAAAGUGCAGCCAGGGAGACUCAGCCUCGGAUGGAGGUGAAAAGAGCUGCUAGAGUCUGCUUACCUCUAAGUCUUUUGGGAGACUGAGUUUUCGUUGUUAGUUUAUCAAAUUCAGAGAUGGAUUGCACUGGUCACACAAAGGCCAGAGCAAUCCCAGCAUCAAUAUAGUGACAGACAGUUCUGAAAAAACAAAGUGUUAAUGUACUCAGAGUACUUUUAAUAAAGAAGGGAGAGUCCAGCAUAGAACUUAUCCUCAUCUUCACCUAACUGCAAAAUCAAAAGUUAAGAAAUAGCAUCUAAGGGCACUUUUAGACCCAGAGAUGGCUCUAAAUGACUGUUUCGUUCUGAACUUGGAAGUGGACUAUUGCAUACACUACAACAUCUCCAAUCACAGUACGGAUCUCCCCAUGAACGAAGACCGGUUCUACCCCGGGAUCCUCUAUGUCAUCCCUGCAAUUUAUGGGGUGAUCAUUCUGAUAGGCCUCAUUGGCAACAUUACUCUGAUCAAGAUCUUCUGCACAGUCAAGUCCAUGCGAAACGUGCCGAACCUGUUCAUCUCCAGUCUGGCUUUGGGAGACCUGCUCCUCCUCGUAACGUGUGCUCCCGUGGAUGCCAGCAGGUACCUGGCUGACCGAUGGUUGUUUGGCAGGAUUGGCUGCAAGCUGAUCCCCUUCAUACAGCUUACCUCGGUGGGGGUGUCUGUCUUCACACUCACGGCGCUCUCGGCCGACAGGUACAAAGCCAUUGUCCGGCCAAUGGAUAUCCAGGCAUCUCACGCCUUGAUGAAGAUCUGCCUCAAAGCUGCCUUGAUAUGGGUGGUGUCCAUGCUGCUGGCCAUCCCAGAGGCUGUGUUUUCCGACCUCCAUCCCUUCCAUGAGGAAAGCACCAACCAGACCUUCAUUAGCUGUGCCCCGUAUCCACACUCGAAUGAGCUGCACCCCAAAAUCCACUCCAUGGCCUCUUUCUUGGUCUUCUACAUCAUCCCACUGUCAAUCAUCUCUGUCUAUUACUACUUCAUUGCCAAAAAUUUGAUCCAGAGUGCUUACAAUCUUCCUGUGGAAGGGAAUAUCCAUGUCAGGAAGCAGAUCGAAUCCCGGAAACGACUUGCCAAGACAGUCCUGGUGUUUGUGGGCCUCUUUGCCUUCUGCUGGCUCCCCAACCAUGUCAUCUACCUGUACCGCUCCUACCACUACUCUAAGGUGGAUACUUCCAUGCUCCACUUUGUCACCAGCAUCUGUGCCCGCCUCUUGGCCUUCACCAACUCCUGUGUGAACCCCUUUGCCCUCUACCUGCUGAGCAAGAGUUUCAGGAAACAGUUCAACACCCAGCUCCUCUGUUGCCGGCCUGGCCUGAUGACCCGAUCCCACAGCACGGGCAGAAGUACCACUUGCAUGACCUCCUUCAAGAGCACCAACCCCUCUGUGGCCACCUUCAGCCUUAUCAACGGGAACAUCUGCCAUGAGGGGUAUGUUUAGACUGACCCUUGACCUUGCCCUCCUUGGGACUCCUGAUUUUGCCUUAUUGCUGGUCAGGAACCCUCAAGUCUGUUUAAGUAUACCUUCCAAAGAUGCUUAACAAGGCUUAUGAGUGGUGUAGGUAGCUGGGGGAGAGGCCCAAACGGAUCGUUAUUAGUUUCUAACUAAAGCCAUUGAGGUUUACAGUUUUCCAUUUCAACCUGUGACUGUUUCUUCUGAUGUAAAGAAAACCUUUCAUUUUCUAGAAAGGUAAGAAACAGGAAACUAUUAUUUUAAGUAUCAAGCCCUGAUAUACAGGUAAGACCAAUUAAAUCAUAGAAACUAUAUGAAGAGCCAGAUUUAGAUAGCAGAGAAAUCAUACACUGAGUGUCUACCUUGUGAAAUACUUUACCUUGUCCUUUUCCUUCUUUAAGCAGAAGCUAGUAAUUUAAAUACAUGCCUUGACUCCUUUUCUCAAGAACAUCUAUAAUACACAAACCAAGGAGCAAGUUUUCUUGACACUCUUAACAUGAAUACUUAAUCCUCCAUGUAUGAGGGACAGUCUCCAAACUGAUAGGGCUGAAAGUCAGUUUAAAAUAAAACAAACGCCUCAAAUUUAGAAGAUGUUACUGAGGACAUAGGGGAAACACUCAAUACAUACUUUAAGGUCAAAUACAAGCAAAAAUUAAGAUCCUUGUGUGGCUAUGGAGUAGUAUGUCUCCCUUUAAACUCUCACUGGAUGGAAAUCCUGAUUGCUGUUAUACAAUUUUAAUUGUCCAUGGUGCAAUUUUACCAUAGAGAACUCUUGGGGAGAAAAAAAAAAUCAUACUAUCAAUUUGUGAAAUAUUUAUACAUGCUCAAUAUGAGUAUACCAUACAUAUAUAAAUAUUUAUACAUGCUCAAUACUCAUUGAGUAUUCAAUACUUUCAAUAGUAUUCAUAGCUUCAAUACUCAUUGAGCAUGUAUAAAUAUUUCUAUAUGUAUGGUAGUUGUUUUUGGUAUACACAUUUUGCACCAAGUGCUUUUACUUCAACUUGGCUGUCUUAGUCUCAACAUUCCUGCAGUUGUUUCAGUGUAAGAAGGAAUCAUAUCUGUUUACAUUUAACAUGUGCUUCCCCCAAAGUUUGUGGGAGGGAAUGAAUACAAUUUCAGUAACACAUAUUUCUGUCCCAAUUACUCACAGGGAAUUUGCAAAGGGCUUAACGUUAUAAACUGAUAGAAAAACACCCACACAGAAUUUAAAAAAUAUCCCACAGAGCGAAAAAGACUGGACUGAAAUCAUUUUCUUACUUCAAGUGAGUAAAAUUGGCUCUGAAAAGAUUUGACCAUCUUAUUUUAAAAACCUUGAACCCGGUUUUUCUUUUCUUUUCUUUUUCUUUCUUUCUUUCUUUUUUUUUUUUUUUUUUUUGACAGGCAGAGUUAGACAGUGAGAGCGAGAGAGACAGAGAGAAAGAUCUUCCCUCUGUUGGUUCACUCCCCAAAUGGCCUCUACCACCAGAGCUACGCUGAUCCGAAGCCAGGAGCCAGGUGCUUCUCCUGGUCUCCCAUGCGGGUGCAGGGGCCCAAGCACUUGGGCCAUCCUCCACUGCCUUCCUGGGCCACAGCAGAAAGCUGGACUGGAAGAGGAGCAACCGGGACAGAAUCUGGUGCCCCAACUGGGACUAGAACCCGGUGUGCCGGCGCCGCAGAGGAUUAGCCAAGUAAGCUGCAGCGCCGGCCCAAACCCAGUUUUUCUUGAGUUGAAGGCCAAUUCUGACAGACUGCAAACAUGUUAACCCACUUCAAUAAAUCUGAAUGCUACAAAUGUGCCGUAAUGUGUAUCCCUUUUAGCCUAAGACCAUUUUAAGUCAAUUUUUCUCCAGGUGAAACAGAAAAACUCAGCUCUCUUGCACAUGGCACAUAUGAAAAGAUUUUUGUCUCUUGAUUCCAGGAAGUGCUGUCUACAGAGCUUCAGGAGUUAGCGCCAAAGCAGUUGUAAAGAUCUGUGUUUACUGUUGUAUUAGCUGGAGCUAAGCCUCUUUGCUUCUGCUUGCUACACACUCUUAUGUAUGCUGCACACCUGCUUUCCUGGUAGUCCAUACUUACAUUGCACAGUCUGAAAAGCCAGGCAAAUAGUGUAGUCAAAGGAACCAAGGUUCCUCACUUGACAUCCCAACUUUGCCUUUUGCUUUAUUACCUUGGCUAUCAAUUUCCCUUCUCUAGACUCGCUUUUUUCAUCUCCAGGAUGAGAAGACAGCACUAACAGCCCCUUGAUUGCUAAAAUUCCCUGAGCUUCCUCAUCAACUUUAGUUCCAUCCCUAAAGCAUUUAUGUGGCCCAUUUUCUCAGCUACCCACUUUUGCUACCUUUGCAACAACUUCUGCUGCCUUUGAAAAUCUUUCACCCACUUUUCUAUACUCAUGUUCCUAUGUGCGGCAUGAAAUGACAUUAAUUCUUCUGUUGCUUCUUUUGGAAUAAUUUUCGUGAAUGAUAUUCCAUGAGCUUGCUAUGUUUGGGAAUUACAGCUACAAGAGACAUAGGAAAACAUAUUGCUCAAUUUCCUCAUUAUACAAACAGUGCUCUCCCUAUUUACCCUUCUUCAAACUCCAGACCCCUGUUAUCUUGAGCUACUGUUCCACAAAUUUGCCCUUGGCUUUCUUCAAAGCCCCUGAAUGUAAUUCUGCAUAAUCUUCCUCGAGCAGUUUGGGAGUAGGGCUCUUCAGGUCUGUUUCAGUUAACUUUGUGGCAUAGUGGUCUGCUUCCAAGCUUCUGGACAAAGAGCCUGAGGUCUAGGUAGAGCUGUGUGUUCUCAUGCAAAUCUUGCUAGCUCUUUGAGAUUCUAAAUAGAAGAGCUGGAGGAGGCCUCCGCCCUGCCUUACUCAAACACUGGUGAAACUAGCUUGCAAAUCAACUAAUGGGUUGACUCAGGCCUCCUCACUAGAAAGGAGUUGGGGCACUGUUCUAGAAAAGUCAAAUGUUUAUUCCACCUCAGUAACCCAAAACCACGUGAGAGAGAUGCAAGCCCCCUCGUGGGGUUGGAGCUGAGACAUCUUAUGCCUGGCUUCUAAAGAUAAUCACGUUUAGCGCUUAUGUUUUUGGCAAGGGAAAAAAAAUCAAUUUUUGCUGUGGAAAACCAUCUGUGUUUAUUCAAUUGACAGACACUACCUUUCAAUCUAUCUUAAAUUGAGCCUCCCUGAGGCAGGCAGCUCAACAGUGAUAGAUUAAGCAAUAAACAAAGCCGCCUUCCCACCAACGACUGCUGCUGGCAAGGAAGGUGCAGCUGCUGCUGGGAGUAAUAUUCCACAGCAAGAUGAUCCUCCCUGCAAAGCACAAGGCCCCUCCCUGGUGUAGAUUUUAUGAUUCCCCAUAAAUGCAGGGGGCAAAUCCUGUUCCUCUGGCGGCUCUACUUGCCCACUGAACCUGGCCUUCUGCCUCAUUAACAAGCUCUGGAUUUCCCUCUUCACCCCACAAACAAUUUGGUUUCAUCUUGGAGGAUGGAGAACCCUGAGGUAAAUAAACUGUUUAAAGGCUGCUGCAGAUGAACCAAGCUCAUGUUGCUAUGAAAAUGCACACUGAAUAGAAAUAAAUGGACUUGACUGUAGCACAUGGACACACUUGGGUUGUAAAGUCCUCCUUUAUGCCAAAAGAAGCAGUUGGUUAUUGGUUUCAGCCUCUUUUCCGCACAUCAAAUGGCCUCUGGCAAUAGAGAUUAGCUUUGUUUGGGGACUACACAUUGAAUGGCAUCCUUAUCUGUGGACUAAAGGCUGGCUAAAUCACUUUUUUCCAGAAGUGAGACAGAAACAGUUGCCCUGGGAAGCUGACUAUAUGAGAGUUGAAUAACAUCCCUGUGUAUCCCGGGGAGAUGGGAGGGCUGUAAACUUGCCUGCCAUUUCUGCCCUUCACACCCACACUAGGAGGGAGCUGUUGUUAGAGAGUAGAUGAUUAGUCCUGGGCUUCUGGGAGGCAUGGAGCACAUUUUGCAAAUGUGUCUAAUUUUCGGUUGCAUUUUUAUGAAGUGGAUUAACAGCUGAAAACAAAGGAAUCCUUCACUCCCGUGGAAUCAAGCUUUGGGUGCGCUAAUCAACGAAAUGAAGCCUUCACAAGCUCAACUUCAUUCUGUACCUAAAUGGUCAUUUCUCUCAGCCCCUACCUGGAACCCUUCCAACGACUUGAUAUCGAGUAUUCUCUUUCUAUAAUUUUGACCUUCAAAGACAUCCUUUGUUAGGUGAGGGGGGAUGGGGACAAGCAUUAACUGCAGCUGAAUAAACCCAGAGCAAUCAACGAACAGCACACUGACAACAGACUUCUCUUCUGUGAAACCUCAUAUUGGAAGUGUAUUCAGUGUAAUUCAUCUACAUUUUUUUUAAAUUCAGUGUUGCACAUAUAUUAAAUUUAAGAGCCCUUGGGUUAGAGUAUUGGGUGGCCAUGAUUAAUUUUUAAAGUACUUUGCAUUUACCAAGUGUUCAUGGUCAAUAAAGCACUUUUAUAGUCAUUACCUCAUCUAAUCCAAGCCUAUCCUGCUGGCCAAAGAGCUGCUUUAUAUCCUCUAUUAUGGAAAUUUAAAAAUACUAAAUUCACUUAACUAAUGGCCAUCUACCAUUAGAUUAAAAGGCCCAUGGCACCAUGAGGCUGAAACAUGAAACUGUCAAUAUUGGAUCAUAUAUGACUUACACAAAGGCGAUUUCAUCUGGUUCAACUUAAUCUGAUUUCAUUUUGUUCUGACAUGAAUUAACCAUGGUUCAUUCUCAUGGUCUGUUCUGUGACACUGAAGAACAAUGCCAAUCAUCACUUCCCCGGUUUGUAGGAUAUCCUGUUACCCCCAAAGUGAGUGUUUAACUUGGCACUAGGGAGUAAACAGGAUCACUGAGCCCCAGGAGAGCCGUAUUAGAGAGGACAACAUUCCAUGUCACAAUGAAGGGGGAGGCUAAGACAAGAAGCCAUGAUCAUGGGGAGCAAAUCAUAGGCCAUGAAUACACUGUUUUUGUCUAAAACCUGAAUGUAGUCUUGUGGCCCUGGCAGUGCUGGGUAGGAAAGGCUGGGUUUCACCAAUGAUGUGCCAAAUGCAGUGCUAAGCACAUAAAGCCUUGGCUCAGACAAUUACUUAGUGAUCCUAAGAUCACAUAAGACAGCUGAAUAGCAGAAUGUAAAUAUGGACCUGGAUCUCUCUUAAGUCCACGCGCAUUUCACUGCUAAGCAUGCCUUCCCAAAUCCAACCUGUGUUGAGAAACAAAGUUCAUAGCACCUAACAGAAAGCUUCAUUCCUUUCUCUAGAAUUUGUCCAAAAUCUGAACGAGUGAUGACGUCAAACAAUUUUCCCAAAGAACAUCAAAGCACACGAGUUAAGGACCUAUUGAGGGCAGAGGCUAAGAGUGAGCGAGCACAGAGUGAGUGAGCAGGGAAGUCCCUUAGUUCCAGUUGCCUGCACCCUUAUUCCUACCCCCAUGCACAGACACAAUUUAGCUGGAAUUAGAAGCCCCAGGAAGAAUUUCCCACUUGGUUCUGUAACUCAUUGAAGAGAGAAAAAAUUUGGUGAAAGACCAAGUCAGGUUUGGAAAUUUAUAUUCAUUAAAUAAAAGUUAAAAAAAAAAAAGAAAAAAAAAAGACCAAGUCAGGGAGACAACCCAAGAGAGAACAGUCAAUCUAGGCAUCCUCCUUUUAAUCAAGAUUAGUCAGGGAAAAAAGUGUCAGGAAGAAAUGGAACCAUGUACACCUCCCACUUCUCUCACAAAAUGGUAAGAUAUGAUCAUGGAUGAUUUCCUGGGGUCCUGGGGUCCAGGCUGCAUGGGUAGACUCAAGUAGAAAAAUAUUUCCUGGACUAAGGGGUCAGGGAAGGAGCUAAAGUACAGACUUGGGGAUCUGAGUGCAUAGUCCUAGGUGCUCUGCUAAACACAGACAUCACUGACUCUCUGCCCUCUCGGAACUCACACAAUUCUAGAAAAUACUAUUUACUCCCUCCUCCCCCAUUUAAAAUUCACUCUCACAGUCAUAUAAUGACAUGAAAGGACUCUCAUAAUUUUAUGAUCUUUUAACAGAAACAUUUUAACACACAGCAAAGCCUCAUUCAUCCAAGACCUCAUUAGCUCCCAGACAAGCUGGACUAUUUUGGUAGAACUCAGGACUUUCAACGUUUAAGGCACAUUAUAUAAUCUGGGCCUGUUGUGAUUCCAAAUUUUUUAUCACUUUGUUUUGAUUUUAGCUACUGACAUUGACAACACACGUACAACAUUAAGAAAGGAAGACUGAUUUUCUUUAAAGUUUUUUUUCCGUAAUCUGGACUUUAUUGAUUCAAGCAUGAUCAUUUUUUUUGCAUUCAGGUCAGCAGGGUUUUGGGUAAUGAAAUUUGUUGAAACAGUCAAUUCAGGGAGUUGUAAAAAAGUACAAGGCACAAACUUUCAUGUCAUUUUAUGUUUUGUUUUAAAUAUUACUCAUAUUUUGUAAAUUGUAAUUGUACUUGUUAUUAUUAACUAUAAAUAUUUAUUGCAUUGAAAAAUGUACUCUGUGUUAAAUAACUCAGAACAAAUUCCAGAUUUGGUAUUUAGAGUAAAUAAUGUCACGGCUUGACUCUGCCUAGACUCCUUGGACAAAUGAAUUAUUUACUGGAAAUUCACAAUAUUAAUAUGAAUGAUUUAGAUCCUCUUAAAAGUUCAGACUCAACUGUGUGACCAUGUGAAGCUCUAUAAAGUGUGCUCUUUGAUUGAAUUUUAUUUUUUCAAGAACUGCUUUCACUGCUUUUAUCACAUUGUAUGUGAUCUGUAUGACAUUAAGUCAAAUCCAGUGUAAUAAGCUGAAUGUUCAAGUUGUAGAAGAGGUGAGUUUCAUUCCUUAAUAUAAUAAAGCAUAACAUAUGAAAUGGACAGAUGCAUGUAUCCAAUGUUCAAUAAAAAAUCACUGUUGCACAAAUGCA